AUGAAGUUUCGAGGAGAGUUUAAAGUGGAGAAUUUGCAUCACUUCGUUGGAUGCCUUAUGAGCCUCAGCAAGCUGGCCGUAGAGCAAACGGAGAGUAUGAAUGCUCUGCUCCGAAUUACAAAAAGCAAGAUUUCGGUAAUCACAAAAACGAUGCUCUACUCCGAUGCAUUUCUUGAAAUAGACACGGAUGAGCUCUUUCACAGCCCAUAUAUUCUGGAGGGAAAUGAAUAUGAUACCAUCGCGCUGAACCUCAGCGUCAACUCCCUUUAUGAAACACUCAAUGCGGCAGUAAAUAGUGAACAUGCUGCGCUCAAACUGAAAAGACACAACCAAGUCACGGCGCUGUCUGUCACGUUCCCAGAUCCGGCACUUCCGAGCAUAUCGAUCACACUGGAUAUAUUGAUAUCUCCGACUGACGAAUAUUUACAAAAGGAAUCAGUCUUACCUGAAAUCCCUCCCUGCACGUGUAAUAUCGGGAUCACAAAGUUUCAGAGUAUCAUAUGUUACUUGGAGUCAGCCAACAAAAUAGGAAAUGAGUUGACAGAAUUCGAAGUUUGUCAAGAUUGCAGCCCACAAGCAGCGCACCUUGAUGCUGUCCAGCAAAUUACGUGCACAGAAAGAAGGAAUAAAGUGCUAGCAAACAAUGAAAGAACUUUUGUGGCUGCUAUUACAAAACCAAAUGCAGCCAAGUCCAUCAUGGCGAUUGAAGCACGGGAGUCAGGACACCAAUCAAUCCUUUUAAAAGUGAAAUCGCCUGGAAUAAUGGCCGAAUUGGAAACCACAUUCCACGGACUGCAAUCGUUCCCAUCGUACGGUGAUGGAGAUAUGCGGAACAGCAUUUACAAAAAUCCAAAAACUGUACUCAGAACUGAAGCUGUAUACAAUCUAUUCAAGCAUGCCAUAGAUACCAUCAUAUUCAGCAAACACGAGGCGCUACUUGUUGCUGCUAUACCAGACGACUAUGAAACAGCCGAAUGGACUUUUUUCAUAUUGUCGGUGACCUCUUUAGAGAGUUGUCAAAUGGUAUUCAUGAUACCAAACUACGUACCGGCAGAAUAG